AAAUCAGGAAGCAGUCAAUCAGGGAGACAUUUUUAAAAGACCACCAUGAGUAAUAACCAAACAGACACCUAAACGCAAGUAUAAACAAACGGGAUUAUAGCAUCAGAGGGUAAUAGUAAUUGUGUUAAAGCCGUUCCGAGUUAUUUCGAGUGUGCUGGAUUUGUUACGAUGCAGUGGGCUUUUUUUCGUAUUGCUCGCCGCUGUUUCUUAUAAUUCGCUCAUCUCUAAAAUUCAUUGCUGUUGUAAAGCAGAGCGAUUGUCAAAAUCGUAUUUCUGUUGUUCCUAAAUUAUAACCGCCGAUAUGUAGCGCGAGUUGAUUUGGUUCAGAUACUUUUGAUACCAUUGUGACAGUGAUACACUGUCGCAAUAGUAUCUAAUAGAUAUUGCUAUUUAUCAAUAUCUAUUAAUUAAAAAUGAGAGAAUAUGAGUUUGAAAAUUAUUGUGGGCUCCAUAUAGAAUUAUUUUUGUUUUUGGAUUUAAAAAAUGAUGUUAUGAUGUUUUAGGCUCAAAGCACAGAUUACAUGCUUUCUGUGAAUGUAAUUGUUUAGUUAUUAUUUUCCCAUAUCGUAGUGUGCUUUCAACCAACUGGUGUAGUUAUAUAGUGUGACAAAAAAAUGGGUAUAUUUCCAGGGACAUGGCCGCUAAAAACAGAACCGCCUCUGGAAAACGGGGCACCCUGUUUUGUCUCUUUGUGAAGGUUGUAGCAGUUUGACAGUAUGGAAUUAUUUCAUAGAAUAGGCCUGUCUUUCUCAUGAACAUUGAUUUAUAUGUUCUCCUUUAUUCUUCCAGAGAAACACAUGGCUCUAAUACAGUGAAUAUGGAGGUUCCUUCCUACCUGUCCCGGCUCUUGUCCGAGCUGAACGAACAGCGUAAGAGGGACUUCUUCUGUGACUGCAGCAUCAUAGUAGAGGGACGUGUUUUUAAAGCACAUCGUAAUAUUCUCUUCGCCAGCAGUGGUUAUUUUCGGGCACUGCUGGUGCAUUACCUGCAGGACAAUGGUCAGAGACAUAGCACAGCCUCCCUGGACAUCGUCACAGCCGAGGCUUUCUCCUUCAUCCUAGACUUUCUGUAUUCAGGUCGCCUGGACCUGCGCAGCGACAAUGUCAUUGAAAUAAUGUCAGCCGCGAGCUACCUGCAGAUGACCGACGUGGUGAACUUUUGCAAGGGCUACAUCAAGUCAUCCCUGGAGAUCUGUAACAGGGAGAGGGAGAGACACAAGGUCUUCAAUGAUAGUGAAAACCCAGUUUCAGCCACUAGUGCUCCUGUGGCGUCCACUUCUGAUGCCGACCAAAGGACCUGUCAGGUCACCGAGGCCCUCAGCCCUGAUGACACCCCAACAGCUGCUGUCUGCAUGCCAGUGGCCACCAGUAGUAAAGACUCCGAAGGGGAAAACUCUCAAGGAGCUUUUCCCAACCAUCCUCCCGUGAAUGCUCCACUAAAGAUCAGUCCAGGCCCAGAUUUAGUCAACUCAUCCACUCCAGGAUUGCUGCUAGGUUUGGUGAAUCCCAAAAUAGAGUAUGACCCUGAUGAGGAGGGCGAAUCUUCACGAGAAUCCAAAGACACGACUCUUUAUCAAGGCCCAAAUCAGGACGAGGAGAGAACUGUUAACACAAGUCCAGCUCCAAGCACUGAGCAUUCGUCUGUAUCAUUUGCUAACUGCCCGAUGAAGCAGUUUCCAGAUGUGCUGUUCAGAGCGGGGAUGAACCCUAACCGUGAAGAACACUUUUCCCAGAGUUUGGGCUACGUCGGUGGAUUCGGCCGUGGUGAUGACGUGCUUGGUCCUGCGGGGCCCUGUGGGAUGGAGAUUCAGAAUGACUGGUAUGGGGAUGAUCCAGGGAGGCUGCACAAAUGUCCGUUCUGUCCGUACACGGCCAAACAGAAGGGUAUUUUAAAGAGGCACAUCCGCUGCCACACAGGUGAAAGGCCGUAUCCUUGUGAGGUCUGCGGCAAACGUUUCACAAGACAAGAACAUCUUCGCACUCAUGCAAUAUCUGUAAGUCUUCAUAAGACUUUGGAAGUAUCCGAAUGUGUAGCUGUAAAGCAGAAAAUGGUCCAUCGCUCGACCUGGCCCAUUGUGUGCAAAGGCUGUCGUCGAGUUUUCUCAGGCAUUGUGUCCCAGGGAAUGAAGCGAUUUGGACUUUGUGAUGGUUGCACCUUUGUUACUACAACCAAUGAGGAUCCCUCCUCCAUGAACCUCAGCAUCCAGUCUGAAUCUAUGGAGAGGGGCACUAGAGACUCUGACUGGCCUGUGUUUAUGGUGGAAGGGGAUGAAGCGGAGGCGAGUGCUAGUACUGCUGGACAGGAUGAUAAGCAGAAUGUUGCGAAACAGCUUUCAGAGAAUGACACUCUAUUGUAGAUUCAUUUCCACAGGUGCACUUGGAUCCAUACAAACAAAUAACACACACAAAAAAAGGAGUACGUAAGAGACUAAAGGAGGGUGUGUUCAACAUUCUACCGGUAACAAACUACCAGUUUAGCCACUUUUUCUUCAUAUUAUUUGUGGGUUAGGAAAGAUGGUUAAUUAUUUGGUGCAAUUAAAAGAUUCAUUUGUAUUGGAAACACUACACAGCUGGGAAAGCUGUCAAACAUUAUGUUUAGGUUUAUUACAAAUCUGCACUAGCUAAUUAUGGAUUAUGAACAUAUUUUGCUGUAUGACAAUGAGGCCACAACAGAUUUGAAUGUGUUGUGGCAGUUGUGUGAAUAAAUAUUUUUAUGCUUUAA